CCUAGUCGGCUGGUUUGGUCCCGUUAUGACCGAUGCUUCACAACACCUCAAUCUUAACCACUACUCUCCUGGUUAUCAGUGUUUCGCUGACAGCGUCCGCUCUAGAAAUAAAUCCGGCGAAGUAUCACCGGAACCCUAGAGAAGUUUAAUCAAUUGGUAAAAUCUUGGGCGAAAUUGGAGAAAGAUGGGGAAGAAGCAGCAUAGCAAAGAUCGGAUGUACAUCACCACCACAGAGUGGGCUACUGAAUGGGGUGGUGCCAAGUCCAAAGAACUUCGUACUCCUUUCAAACGCCUUCCUUUUUAUUGCUGCGCUCUCACUUUUACACCCUUUGAGAUUCCAGUUUGCACUAAGGAUGGCUGCGUUUUUGAUACAAUGCAUAUAAUACCUUACAUCAGGAAGUAUGGGAAAAACCCAGUUACCGGAGCGCCGCUUAAGCUUGGGGAUCUUAUUCUCAUUUACAAGAAUUCUGAAGGGGAAUUCCAUUGCCCAGUUUUGAACAAGGUUUUCACUGAAUUCACUCACAUAGUUGCUGUGAAGACUACUGGAAAUGUAUUUUGUUACGAGGCAAUUAAAGAGUUGAACAUCAAAACGAAGAAUUGGAAAGAGCUGCUCACAGAGGAACCAUUUACCAGGGAUGAUCUUAUAACAAUUCAGAAUCCUAAUGAACUUGAUGCCAAAAAAGUUCUAAAUGAGUUUGAUCAUGUAAAAAAAGGCUUGCAGCUUGACGAUGAAGAACUGAAAAAAAUGGAAUCAGAUCCAACAUAUAACAUCAAUGUGAGUGGAGACAUUAAGCAGAUGCUUGCAGAACUUGGAACAGAGAAAGGGAAACAAGCAGCACUGCUUGGAGGAGGUGGAAGCAAGGCACAACAAGAAAGAGCCGCUGCACUGACUGCGAUUUUAGAUGCAAGAUCACGUAUUGUAGAUGAUUCUAAAUCAAAUGGAAAAUCUGAAAACAGACAAGGUUAUAGUAUUGUAGAUGCUGCAUCUGCGUCAGUACAUGGAAGAAGUGCUGCUGCAGCAAAAGCUGCCCCAGCUGAAAAAACUGCUGCUCGUAUAGCUGCCCACAUGGCUGGUGAGAGAGCUCCUAUGAAUGCAAAGCUGGUGAAAAGUCGUUACACAACUGGUGCUGCUUCAAGAUCCUUCACUUCGACUUCUUUUGAUCCUGUCACAAAAAAUGAAUAUGAAUAUGUCAAAGUUGAGAAGAAUCCCAAGAAAAAAGGAUAUGUACAACUGCAUACAACCCAUGGUGAUAUAAAUAUCGAGUUACAUUGUGACAUUACUCCUAGAACUUGCGAGAAUUUCAUCACUCUCUGUGAACAAGGAUAUUACAACGGUGUAAUAUUUCACAGAAACAUAAGGAAUUUUAUGAUUCAAGGAGGUGACCCAACUGGUACUGGAAGAGGGGGCGAAUCAAUCUGGGGUAAGCCUUUCAACGAUGAGGUGAACUCAAAGCUGCUUCAUACUGGAAGAGGUGUUGUUAGUAUGGCAAAUAGUGGACCUCACACAAAUGGUUCUCAGUUUUUCAUCAUGUACAAAUCUGCGAACCAUUUAAACUACAAGCACACUGUCUUUGGAAUGGUUGUUGGUGGCUUGACCACACUUGGGGCGAUGGAAAAAGUUCCAGUGGAUGAUGAUGACCGACCUCUGGAAGAGAUUAAGAUAAACAAGGUAACUAUUUUUGUCAACCCUUAUGCUGAACCUGAUGAAGAAGAAGAGGAAGAGAAAUCCAAAGAGAACAAGGCCGAGGAUGAAGAUAAUGAAAAGGUGGGAUCCUGGUUCAGCAACCCAGGCACUGGUGCAAAUGUGGAGACUGGUGGUGGUGGCGUUGGGAAAUACCUUAAAGCAAGAACUAUUGAAGCUGAACCAGCUACUGCUGACGCUAGUAUUCCAGCGGCUGGUACUACAAAGAAAAGGAAAGCAGCUUUGAUAGGAAAUUUCAAAGAUUUUUCUGCCUGGUAAUUUUUUUUUCUUUUAAAAAAACUGUCGUAGUUGUAGUUAUGUAACCCAUAGGACUAACUGUAACAUAAAGUCAUCUCUAGAGGAUAUAAAACCGCCAUUACACAACAGUUUACUAGUGAUAACAGUUGUAGCGAUGGUCUUGUAUCCCAUGAAAUGGCCUUUGGCCAUGAGUAGUGGGUUAGGUUUGUUUUCCUGUAUGUACUUAUUCCCAAAAAAAAAAACAGUUUACUAGUGAUAUUUAGGCUAAUUUUUGACUGGUUAAAACCUAAUCAUGAAAUGAAAAAGAUGCAAAUUUUUGCAAAUUGGUUCCCUGAGAGGAUUCCUUCCAGAAAA